CCUUCCCCUCCACAACGGCAACCAAUCAAGCCAGAGGCAAUGGGUAGAAAAGAGCAGACGUUCUGUGCUCUCUAACCAGGACCAAGUUAACUACACUGGCUUACAACAGUUGCUUUAUUAUCCAUUUCUACCUUUUGACUGAGAAGAACAUGAGGGUCAUCAAUAUCGGUCUUCUGCUGGUUUGUGCAGCCUUUGCUCAGUCCUUCAAGUCUCAAGGUGGGGUGAGUCUGAGAGAGGUAGAGGACAUGUGGGGGAACUACCUAAUGGACAGAGAUGACAACCAUGCCGAGAUCAAAGCUGUCGUUCCAGGUACCUGCUUUCUGUGUAAGCGCAUAAUCAAAAAGAUCAAGACCAAGCUGAAUGGUGAUACGAGCAAGGAUAACAUCACUACUAUACUGGACUCUAUUUGUCGCAGCUUGUGGAAGCUGAAAGGUGUCUGCAACAAACUGGUCAAUAAAUACAAAGAAAAACUGAUUGAUGCACUUGCCAGUGAUGAGGAUGCAGGGAAUACCUACAAAAAAUUGAAGCUAUGCAAAUGAGAUACCAUUGACCCAUGACUGCCCUGGGCACAGGCCUGAGCAUACAUGUUCUGUCUGGUUUUUUUUCAGAUGAACACGCUGUCGUAGCUUAGCUUUACAUUAUUUUCAUACACAACUGUCUGGAUGGAAUGGCAGUCUUUAAAGUCACUUGCAUUGCUACUGCAAUUUUCGUUGAAUUAAAUACUGAAACUUA